GGACCAGGCAGCGGAGGGAGGGCGAACAGCAGCAGAAACACCUCCAGCUUCUCCUGCUGCUGACAUUUUUCACCCCGACACAGCUGCUCAAACACGGUGUAAAACAGCGCAAAGAUGCCGGGGAUGAUGGAUAAAGGCUCGGAGUAUUUGGGCAAAGGUCGCUCGAACGGAACCAAGAGUCCGUCCAACGCGUCCAACGGACAUUUUUCUGACGAGAGCGGCAGCGACGACGAGCACGGUGGGUAUAGCCUCGAACAGCCUCCCGUCGCUCCCCGUAUGUCCGUUUCUAACGCGGUUAUCUGACUGUAAUAAGUCCUGGUUUUGAUUUUGGUGUUUUCCAGAUGUGGGGAUGCGAGUUGGAGCGGACUAUCAGGCCAACAUCCCGGAGUUCGAGCCCGGUGAGGUUCCGCUGUUUGUGGCUGAGUGACGGACGGUGGUAGCCUCGGUCCAUGUUCAGGACUACAGACUGAAGACUACAGACUCAGCUUUGACUGUGUUAUUACUGCAGGCUCAGACAUGAACCGAGGCUACCAACCUUACACUGAUACUGUUCGACUCAGAUCAGCUCAGGGUGUGUGUUUGUGUGUUUUUAUCGAUAUAAAGAGGAGGUCAAUAUCUGUGAUCACAUGUUCAGACAAUAAUUAUUAUUCUAGCAUGAUCAUAAAGUAUUUUUGUACACAAACCUAUUGUUUGUCCACUCCUUUUUGGCAGUUUCCUUUCAUUUUUACUGUCAAAGGUUAUAAAAGCUCUGGGUUUUUACCCAAAGACACUGAUAUAUGUGUGUAAAAACUACCUUUAAAAAAGCUACAGUGAUCAGUUUAAUAAGAACUCCAGAAAUGUUCCCAAGAUUUGUGACGAGAAGAUGAAACUUAAAGAGCUUAAUUAAUUUAACAAAAUCAAGAAAAAAUGAUCAGGUUCAACAAAGUCUGAGAAAACCUGAAAGGUUCCUGGAACAUGAAAUCGACCUUUUCCAGGCCUGGAAUAGUUUGGAAACAUAAGAAAACUCUAAAAGUUCUGGAAAAGUUGUAGAAAUGUUCUUUAGUAAAACUCCGUCACAGAGCAUAUCACGCAUGAGUGAGACUUAAAAAAUCUGUAAUUUAAAGAGAACCAUGGAUGUCAUGAAUUUUAGUUAAAAUCACCAAUAAUCUUGGCCUGUUGUUUGUACUUACUUUACACAUUUACACAGAAGUUUGGGAAAAUAGAUGGAACUGGACACUUACCUCUCAAGAUCAUGAAAUAUAAAAAGACCAUAACAGCAUAGCUGUUAAUUGCCGGAACUUUGUUUUAUAUAUGAAUAGGAGAGUGAGCUCCAUGUAAAUGUAUGAGUAGGAGGAGCAUGAAGGAGUUGUGGAUGGAUGGUAAACUUGUUCUUCUGUUUGUUCCCCUUCAGGUUCUACCAAAUACUCUGAUAAAGACAGUGGAGGGAUGCUGGUCUGGUCUCCCUACCAUAACAUUGUUGACUCAAAGUGUAAGUUCUCUCUUAGCCGCAGUCCUCUAAUAGGUCCUCACGUCAGUCACUUCAACUGUGUUUGUUUCCUCCACAGUGGACGAGUACAUCGCCAUCGCCAAAGAGAAACACGGAUACAAUGUGGAGCAGGUGAGUCACAGACUCCGCCUUCAACUCUCUCAGUCAGAUAUCUGUUUGAAAAACCAAAAUCCCCAAAAACUGCUGAUGAAGAACAGAAUAAAAGAAACUUCUGAGUCUGUUAAGAUGUUCCCUUUUUUAGGGAACAACAGACAAUUCAAAGGUUUUCUCCUGUGGAUUUGGGUCCACAGACAAAUGUGAUCGAUCGUGGGUGUAUCCUAUCCUUAUAGGCCACAUGAUAAUAUGAAACAGUUCCUGCAGGUCAGGGCUGUAUUUGUCAUGUCUGAUUGUAAAUGUUUGUGAUUUGAGGACAGCUGGUUUUUCUGAGGACCAAACUCUGUGAUUUGCUGGACUGUUAUUGUGGGUGUGUUCACAGGCUCUGGGGAUGCUCUUCUGGCACAAACACAACAUUGAGAAGUCUCUGGCGGACCUGCCGAACUUCACCCCCUUUCCAGACGAGUGGACGGUGGAGGACAAAGUCCUGUUCGAACAGGCCUUCAGCUUCCACGGGAAGAGUUUCCACCGCAUCCAGCAGAUGGUAAAUACUCCAGAGUUUAUCAGCCAGGGUUCAACUUUUAUAGCAGCCACCACCAAACGUUCCUGUCAAACCUCCACAGAGAAGUGUGAGAGCCCUACUGGAUUGGUCUUAUUCUUUCUUCUGUACCUUUGAAGACCCAAGCAUGCCCCCAAACUCCAGGAUUUUUGCCAGGUAGAUGUUCCACGCAGAGACACUGAAAAGUCUUCUCCAGAGGUUUUAGUUGAACAUCUGGUCUUGUAGAUUUACAGGAUGGAUAUUUGACACAUGAUGAACUCCUGUAGCGGCUAGCGUAACGUUGACACAUCCGCAGUAAAAGCUUUCAGAGCUUGGUAGACGUGGUACUGAGUUUCACACUCAAUGUCCAACCUGUACCAGAUCUCUCAGGUCCAAUUCUGGUCCCUGCCUAGUUCCAGUUCUCCUAGUUUUUUCUCCCAGAUUUAGCAGGAAACAAGUGGCGUUAGCAGUAGAUCAACUCACCCAUGACCUACUAAAUCACCUCGUAUUUCUCUUAGCUUCCAGACAAAUCCAUCUCCAGUCUGGUGAAGUAUUAUUACUCUUGGAAGAAGACUCGAUCCAGAACCAGCCUGAUGGACCGGCAGGCCCGAAAACUGGCCAACAGGAGCAACCAGGACGACAGGUAGGGUUCAGCCAGCAAAGGUCAGAGGUCGGAGUGCCUCAGUCUCAUUUACAAACAUGAAAACUGCUGUUGAUGAUGCCUGAUGACUUGAAUUCAUAAUUCCACUGACGGAACAACAUCCAGCUACAACAGGUAGUAAUGUAUUGUUUGAACAGCAGGUGGUGCUACAACCAAGCAAGAGUUGUUCUCCUGUUUAACACAGGCUCUGGGACUGCUGCUGUAAAAACAGAAGAGGACAGGCGACUCAACAUGAAAACUGUUGAUUCUUGCAGUACUGCUGUACGUGGACAAAAUGUCCCACAAUGCAAUUCGAGCUGGUUUAAUAUCAGCUUCUUGAAUCUGAUAAUUGAUUAGUUAUUACAUGAACAUAUUGGGGUCAUUAGACUUGUUGAGUCUGUAGUCUUUGGGUUACCUGGGUCGUUUGGGGAGGUUCGAGUUCUUGGAGUUGUAGUGUCUCAGGUUGUUAAAGCCAGAGGGACUGUUGGAGUUUUUGUUAAGGCGGGGUUUCCAGUUGUUGAGGCUGAUUUUUGUCUCAUUUUGUUGCCAUAGCGAUGAGGAGAUGGAGGAGGCCAAUCCAAUUGAAGCAAACGACAGUGACUAUGACCCCAACAAGGAAGCCAAGAAGGAGGUAGGUGGACUAAAUGAGGCGUUUCUGACCACAGUUAUGGUUCCACUGAGAUCUCUGCUCCCUGAGUUUGAUUUUUCUGAGUACGUCUUAAACUUCAGCCACUGAUGAAGAAGAAAACAGAUAAAACCUUAUUGAUUAACUCAUGGUUGAUGAGGAGGGGGACUUUGUUCUGAUUAACUGACUGUUCACAGUUUUUCUGUAUCUUGGGGGUUUGGGGCUGAUCCUGAACUACAUGAAUUCCAUCAGUGACGUUCCAUCCAUGUGUCUAUCCGUACAGAACCAGGUGGAGACAGUGGUACCAGGCUGUAAAAUGGCGUUGGGGCGGCGGGAGCAUCAGACCCUGCAGCACCGACACCACCAGCGCUCCCGCUGCCGCCCCCCCAAAGGCAUGUACCUGACCCAGGAGGAUGUAGUGGCCGUGUCCUGCAGCUCCUCCGCCGCUAACACCCUCCUCCGUCAGCUGGACAUGGAGCUGGUGUCCCUGAAGAGACAGGUGAGAGGUCACGACACUUUUCUCUUGUCUUCUUGUUUCAUCACAGAGAGGAACCAAGAAAAGUGAAGCAGAAGAAAAGGAAAAUGAAGUUUCAGUAAACAUAAAUAAACACCAUGCAAUCGGACUUCUAAUCGCCAGAAUGAAGAUUGAAUCUUUUGUUCACCCUUCAGUGUCCAUAAAGUCACUCAAACCGUGGUCACACACACCUGAAAAACCUCCUGAAUUUUCAGUGUUUGUUAUGUGUCAAAGUAAGACACCUGAUUUGGCCAAAGUUCCUCUCUGGCUUCCUCCAGAUUUUUUCCUACCCAUCUACAAGUUAAAUUUCAAAAAGAAGUGGAGGUGAGCGGAUGGAAGAGCACAACAAGUUGGGCUGGAACAGCAAAAAUGAGUCCCCGGGGUAAUCAAGUCAACUGUGAAGCUCUGUAGGCGUGAGCUCGCCUCACCUUCACUCAUGCUCAGAUGGAAACAAUGGCAACCACAACCGGCACCAAAACUGAAUGUUACUUUGCUUCACUGGACACGUUUCUCACUACGCCAUCUGAAAAUAUAACAAGGAGGAGGAGAGAGAUCCCUCUGGAGAACUGUGACCGACCCGUCUCAGUGCGAUCUUAUUCUGGGAGACACUCCCAUUAAAUAGAUGAAGAGUCAUUUCACAGAUGUAAAAAUGAGAACAUUGAAGAAAACUGAAGCAAAAGUUUCAUCAUUCUUCAAACUAAUGUACUUGAUAAUAGACGAUAAACAAAGUAACAGCAAUAAUAAACUAUUACCCCAGAAAUAACAUCUGAGACCUGAAUCGCCGUCACCGCAGCAGCAGCCUGAACAGCAGGUAGUAUUCUGGGAAACGACCAUUAGUGAGCAGGACACCUGCCCAGAAACUUUGGCUUUUUUUUUUAAUCAAAUCAGAGAUUAUGAGUUCACAGUUAAUUGAGUUUGUGUUUGGAUCUUCAGGUGCAGAAUGCCAAACAGAUGAACAGCGGACUGAAGCACAUCCUGGAGUCUGGGAUUGAAGAGUUCAGAAUGCCUGAGGUGUUACAGACUGCUCCAAAACAACAAAAACAGCAACCACCACCCAAACACGUUUCAGUAAUACACUGAAGCUCUGUAAACUCUUUGUCUCCAUAGAGUAACCAGAAGGUGAACGCCCGCUGGACCACAGACGAACAGCUGCUGGCCGUUCAAGGUGAGCUCCAGAUAUCAUCAAUCUUACUUGAAACUUGAAACUCAAGAUAAGACCGUCUGUCAGGGUCCCACAUGACUUCUUCUUCUGUGUGUUUAUUUAUUAAAAUUCAUCUCUGAUGUUCUUCAGGUGUGAGGAAAUAUGGGAAAGACUUCCAGGCCAUCGCUGACGUCAUCGGGAACAAGACGGUGGGCCAGGUGAAGAACUUCUUCGUAAACUACCGAAGACGGUUCAACCUGGAUGAAGUACUGCAGGAGUGGGAGGCGGAGCAGGGGACGCGAGCCCCCAACGGAGACAGUGCCACCUCUGGAGAGGAGGGGAAGAACAGCUCCACCACUCCGUCGGGGAAGAGCACUGACGAAGAGGACGAAGAGGUGAGACGGUGAAGUGGAAAGAGGGGUCGUGUUUGUGUUUGUUUACUAGAUGAGCUUGAGAUUUCUUUGUUUUUGUUUCGUUACCAUCAAAGUCACGUGAAAGUAGACGGCUGGUCUCCUCAUGCAGAGAGCAUCUACAUGGGCCUGGGCGAUCUGGCAAAAAAAUGUUAACAAUAUAUUUUGUCAUAUCGUUCGAUCUCGAUAAUUAUCACGAUUUUUUUUAAUCGAAGAACACGAAGGCCAGUUUGAGUCUGACUGAAGCGUAAACAUGCUGAAGAUAUUCCAUUCCCAUUCCACUAUGAGGUGGUAAUGACUCCGCCCUCUUUUCUCUGCAGGGUCAGGUGACCUCAUCUGGUGCGUCUCCUGCUGCCUCCACUUCCUCUUCAGCUCAGAUACCAGUGACAUCCAGCUCUUCCUCCUCCUCCUCAUCCUCCUCCCUCCAUCAGCCCCCUCCUCUCUUGCGUCCCUCCCUCCCUGCCACCCCCUCUUUGCAUCGCCAGCCUCCGCCGCUCCAACAGCAGGCCCGCUUCCUGCAGCCUCGCCCCACCCUGCAGCAGCCUCCGCCUCUCAUCCGCCCAUCCAACCCCCUUCCUCCCCGCCUUAACCCCCGCCCUUCAGCUCCUAUGACCCUCUGUGGUAACUCUGGAGGAUCAGGGCCAAGCUCCUCCCAGCAGCAGCAACCAAGCCUGGCUGGACACCAAUCAGAGACGGCCUCUUCCUCUUCUCUCCACUAAUGAACUCUCAACAACGAAAGCUCUCUGCUGCGGAAAUCUGUUUGACUUUAUUCCUCAACACGACGACUGUGUUUUCACUACAUCCAAUCAGCUCUUUCUGUUACCGCACCUGAACAUGGAGGUGACAUGUUUACAUUCUACAACAUCCAAGAAAGACAGUGAACAGUGUGUGUGUGGGGGCGGGGGGGUUAAAGUUCGUCUUCCCCUCCAAACUGUCAUGCUUUGUGCCUGCUGGGUGAGUUUACAGUCGAGGUUGUUCGGCUGUUUUGAGCAAGAGCCUUCGAUCUUUUCUUAAUCCCCUUCAGACACAUGGCGUCUCUCAGGGUUCAAUACUGGAUCCCUUUUGUUUUUCAUCAGGUUGUGACAAACCCACAUUAACCACAAACAUAAAUUCAUACAGAAACAUAUCCUUAAUUUGUCGGAGAUUUAGUCACUCUGACUAGGAGCCCAGUGAGUAUCUAAAGCUUGAUUGGUUUACGGUCCCUGCUCGAUUUAGUCUGUUUUAAAUUCUUGAAAAGACUUCAAAGAGUUGAAGGAUAUUUUUCUGUCUGGUCUGAAAAUAGCUGAAUACCUAAAACAUGGCGGUUCAAAAGCAAGAAAAGAGGUAAACUUCUAAUCUGUGUAAUUUAAAACUUUUAACCCCUUUAAAAUCUUUGUGAAGUAUUCUGGGCCCUGGAUGUAAACACUUCACCUGUAGGGGGUGCUAAAGGCUCUCAGGUCAGUGAUGCCACUUUUGGCUCCCUAUGUUUGUUGUAUUCAAUCCAAAAGCUGUAACUCAAACAAUGAAAAAAAGUUCUCUGUACUGUUCUGGGUUCAAGAAUAUAUUGUUGGUUGUUCUUUUUAUUCUGUUUAGACUCAAACCAAAGACGGGUGUUGUCCGGCCUCGUGUCUCUGAGUCUCCAGGAACUUUGUUUUCUUUAGUCCAACAGCUGCUGGUUUAGGUUUUGUUCGUCAAACUCACAGAGGAAAAAUACAGCUGUUGUUGCUGGAGAGAGUUUCUGAAUUUGAUUAACAUAUUAGACUCUGAAAACACACAGUACGACUUGUUGGUUUGAGUCUAAACUGGCAGAGAGGAUUUCAACAUACUUCUUUCUUUUCAUAUCUUGAACAGAUCACUUUAUUUUUCACCCAGCAUGGCGGUGUAUUCCUAAGAAGAGGUCAAUAUCUGGCAUGGUGUUUUAUUGUAGUAGAUGGCGAUGAAGCUGAAGGCCUCAGUGUUGUGUACAGUAGCAGUAGAUGUCUAUGUGUACAGUUUGGUACCUGUAUUUGUUGUCCUUUAGCUGUGGCUAACCCAUUAGCUAUCAGCAGCUGCACUUUUUCAUUCGAUCACUGAUUUUAGACUCUAAAAGUUAAACUCUCAGACAUCUUGCAGUUUGUGUGAAAUUCUCAUUUUUGUGUCCUUAACAUUUCUUCGGGUUGUUCUGUUGUCUAGUCAAACUAAGAACCUUCAUCAUCCUCAUCAACAUGAGCGUCUGACUCUGAGGGUCAGGUGUGCCGUCCGUCUGCCUCAUCAUUAUUUAUUCUUCUUCCCGGUGCUAACAUGUUGGACUGGGUGUAAAAUGAUUGUGAAAGUGCUCUUAAUCCUUUUUUUUGGACAAACAUUAAAUGUCACUGAAUCCUGGAGUCACUCGUGGAGUCUUUUGAGUUUUAGCAGAUUAAAUAUCGAUGUUAAAGUGAA